CUCUCAUUUUGAGGCUACCUAUAAGCUAAAAGCUUACAAAGACAUCGGAAUACUUUUGUACAAGUACACUGCGCGUCACCAGUUGAGUCGUAUCCGAUCUUUCAUCUAUAAAUUAAAACUCAAGAGGAAGCAUCCACUGGAUUUACUAAAUUCUCCGAGACAUCUCCGACCCUAUAAAGUAUAUAUAUUCUUGAUAAGGAUCACCUCCUGAGUUGAUGCCAUGACGACAUGCCAUUUUUUAUAAGGAUCGAAAGAAAAUCGAUAUGUUUCAACUGUUUGAGACCGGGACAUUUUACAAGGCAGUGUGAAUCCAAAUUCAAAUGAAGAAUAUAACACGGACGACAUCAUACAAUUCUACAUGAACAACCGCCUGCAUCCAUGCAAGGCUUUGGAGCAACUACGAACACUUCGCAGGCUGCGGUUCAGGACGUAGCAACCGGAAGGGAGGAGCAGCGUAAUCAGGACGCUCCUCGAACGAAUAUAUGGCUCACAAUCGGCUGCAUAAGCACAAGGCCCUGCAGUAAUUACACACAAACAUGGGCGUUGCUAAGAGAAACAACAACGAUCCAUCAUCGCUCAAGGUGUUCGAUGGAUUUCUGAUGGCGGCUAUCGACUUCGAAUCAGUGGCUCCCAUAGACAUUCUAUUGGGGAGCGACUACGUUUGGACCACGGGACAAUUUGGACUAAUGGGACAAAAGAUGCACGAAAACAUGGGCAAUCUUAUUGCCAUAUCCUUGAUUUUUAAAUGGGUCAUUACAUCGGUUGGAGACUCCAACUUGGAGUUUAUCAGUCUCCAACAAGUACUACGCUAUUCUCCACAUAAAAAAUUGAUAGGGAGAUAGAAGACGGUCGACAAAACUUUUCCUCGGGACGCACAAACGGGACGACGAUGGAAAGUAUAUCAGCGAGCCACCAUUUAAGACGGCAAACCCAAAGUUUGCAGACACACUUGAAGAAGCACAAUCUCGCUUCAUGGCUGUAGAAAAACGACUGCAUUGCAAUCCGAAUCUACGAGAAAAGUACGUAAAAUUCAUGCAGGAAUACAUCAGCCUUGGCAAUAUGAUCGAAGUCAGGGGAUUAAGCAACAAUUCAGGUAACCUUUUCUAUCUGAACCAUCACCUUAUAGUAGGGCGAAAACUGAGGGUCAUUCCCCGCAAUCUUUCAUUCCGUUUGCCCACGCUUCAGAAUGUAUAGAUAAGUAUUCUCCGUAGACAUUGUCAUGAUGUUUCGCCAAGUUUGGGUAAGCACCGAUCACCAAAACUACCAACGAAUCAUAUGGCGAGAGCAUCCAACUGCGCCUUUGAAGCACUACCAGCUACGCACUGGUAGUCAUGGAACAGCUUGUGGGCCCUAUCUGGCUGUAAGGGUAAUGGAGCAGCUGGCGCAG